GUCUCAGAAAACCCAGCUGAAGGGACUUCUCUGUGCUGUGAGUGUCUGACUGUCAGCCUCUUGACAUAAUACUCGAUUAACCGCCGUGUCCACGUGGAUAAUCAAUCAGUCAUGGAGUUAUUGGUUCGAUAUCUGGACAGGAGCAACUCAGUGAGCUCUGUCUCAACGCAGGACAUUAUCAAAGAGGAGAAUCUGAGAGAUGACCUGAGGUAUUACUUCAUGAGCCCCUGUGAGAAGUACCGGGCCCGGCGACAGUUACCCUGGAAACUUUUGGUGCAGAUUCUGAAAAUCAUCAUGAUCACCACACAACUCAUCCUGUUUGGCCUUAACAACCAGCUGGUGGUGUCCUAUAAGGAGGAGAACACCAUGGCCCUCAAGAAUCUUUUCCUGAAGGACUACAGCGGGGUGGAUGAGGACGACUACAGUGUUGCUGUCUACACUCAACAAAGUGUCUACGACAGUCUGUUUCAUGUCAUGGAUCAGUACAGCCAGUUGGGCCGGAUCUCUGUGGGUCCCAUCAGUUACGCGGAGGAUGAAGGCGGCAACCGGCUGCCUCUCAUCAUCUGUAAAGAAUACUACAAAAGAGGCAGCGUGGAGCCCUCGGAAGAGGCCUAUGACAUAGAUGCCCAGCUGGAGACAGUUUGUUUGUCACAUGAUCCAAAGACUGUUAACGAGACAAGAACCCAGAAUUCAUCCUUUUUUGAUCUGGACUUUUACAGGCUUGUUGACAUCAAAAUAACCUUCCAGCUGAAAGGAAUCAACCUGCAGACGGUGCGCAGACGGGAGCUACCUGACUGCUACUCGUUCUACGUUACGAUAACAUUUGACAACCAGUGUCACAGUGGAAAGGUGAAAAUCUUCCUGGACAUAGAUACUCAGAGCUCUGCGUGUCGAGACUGGAAGAUAUCUGGGACAGCUCAGAAGAACACACACUAUCUGCUGGUGUUUGACGCCUUCGUCAUUCUUGUUUGCCUCACAUCGGCUGUGCUGUGCACCCGCUCCAUCGUGUUGGCUGUCAGGUUACUCCAGAGAUUCUCCAGAUUCUCCCAUGAGAACUACAACCGUAAAGUGUGUGAGGAUGACCAGGGCGAGUUUCUGAACGGCUGGUAUGUGCUGGUCAUCGUAAGCGACCUCUUGGCCAUAGUAGGAUCCAUACUGAAGAUGGAAAUACAAGCAAAGAGUCUGACCAGUUAUGAUGUGUGCAGUAUCUUCCUGGGAACGUCGACAUUGAUGGUGUGGGUUGGCGUCAUCAGGUACCUGGGAUACUUCCAGAAAUACAAUGUGUUAAUUCUGACCAUGAAAGCAGCCUUCCCCAAAGUCCUGCGUUUCUGCUGCUGUGCCGGCAUGAUCUACCUCGGCUACACCUUCUGCGGCUGGAUCGUACUGGGGCCUUACCAUGAGAAGUUUGAGGGCCUGAGUCGUGUAGCAGAGUGUCUGUUCUCCCUGCUGAACGGCGACGACAUGUUUGAAACCUUCGCCCAGCUGAAGGACAAGAACACUCUGGUGUGGCUCUUCAGCCGAGCGUACCUCUACUCCUUCAUCUCCCUGUUCAUCUACAUGGUGCUGUCGCUCUUCAUCGCCCUUAUCACCGACGCCUACGAGACCAUCAAGAAAUUCCAAAAGGAUGGGUUCCCGCUGACGGACCUGCAGAAGUUCCUCAGAGAGCAGAAAGAUUUUCCUGUCGCAGAAUCGAGCAGUCAGACAGACACUAACGUCAGAUACUCAUCUGCACUGUGCUGCUGCCAACGAGUUCCUGAAAGUGAUGAUGUCAUACUGAUUAGCUGACAGCUGUCUCCAGGGGACACGGAUCAGGGAGAAGGAGGACACUGGGAACACAGUUUCACAAGUCUGAUACAGACUGUGAGCUCAAGCGAUCCACAGCAAAAUCCUGCUAAGUGUAGAGUAACCGAUUCUGUCAAGUGCAAUACGAAUCACCAGCCAAAAGUUCCCUCCCUUGAAGAAUAAACUGGAGCUCGAAUUAAAGAGCUGGAACUGGAAACACAAAGGUUUCAUAACAGUAUCAGUGGGAGUUCAGGAUGCUGUUGAGAAGUCUAGUGGUCCUUUUUAGGGUCUAUAUGUGUAUUUACGUGCCAAAGAGUCAGUGUUUUCUGCAUUUGGCUGUGCCUGCAAACACUGGUGCAACAUUAUGCCGUGCUGGAUGUAAUUUAUUUGUCAAGUGUGGUAAAGAUUGCAGUAAAGAUGACGUUUUCAUUUGUAUGUAUUUACGUGAGUAUGUUUCCCAUCUUUCAUCCAAAAUUUUAAUCCGAUCAUAGAUUAUUACGCGGUUAGUAAUACAUCAGCAGUGACGGGCACUUGAUGAUGAAAUGUUAACAUUACAGUACAACACAUUUCUUCCUCAAAGGUUUCUCUGAAAUGCAUAAAGGACAAACAAACGGCCAAACACAAACUACAGCAUGACUCAGUUUCAUCAUCUAAUCUACAAGUCAGUUUAAAUGUUGAGACAAGCUGGAGCACGACUUCUCACUUUGAGUGUGAGUACUUUCAACUUGAUAAAAUCAUGGGUGUUACCUUAUACUCUAAACAUGCUGGAUCAAAUUCAAAGAGUUAUCAACAGCAAAGACCUCAGUCGCCAAGUGAGCUACUUCAUAAUGUCAUCCAGAACCUCUUUUGACUGAUUUCAGCCUGAUUGUGACAAAGUGCUUUAGGUAGAGGUUGUUUAACGACACCUGUUGAUGAGGCAACACAUCAUUAAGAGCCACCUCAUGCGGUAUUUUUCCUAUGUGGCAAUGUUGCCCUUAUAUUAGUCAUAUUUGAUUCCAAGCAGUCAAAACUGAGACCAGAGCAAAUCAAAUCCUUUCCAAAGAUAAGAACAGGACAUUGACUCCGAGGAUUUCCUUUCAACACGUGUUUAGUUUGGCUUAACAAAGAUCACUCUUACUUCUCAACAGAGCACCAGCUCAAAACAAAUGUCAGUAUGUGUCUGUUUGCCAUCUCAAACCUCACCUCUCACUGAGCGCUGCAUUAAAAGACCACAAUGACUGGGGAUUUUCAUAUGACCAGAUGUGCAGGUCUAAACACCCAACCCUCAAUUCAAAGGGAAAUUUAACCAUCUGUGGGUUCACACAUUAUUUGUGCAAAGGGGCGGCUCAGUGUUUGUGAAUUUCAUCUCCACUGUGAUGAAAGAAGUCACGAAGCAAAGCUGUUUUUAGUGGAAGAAGAAGAACUGAUAUCCUUUUACUUGAGUAAUAGUACCAUAUAUUGUAAGUACAAUUACAUCAGCAGUACCAGCAAAAUACACUUAAAGUAUAUGAAGUAAAAGUACUUAUUAAGCAGAAAAACAUCCCCUUUGACUGACUAUAUUUUUAUAUGGUAUAGAUUUUGAUGUAGCUGAUAGUGUCAGAGCUAGUUGUAACUACUUUAUAUAAAGUUUAUACUUGAGUCCAGGAGUCAGGCCUCCUCCAAAGGGUCUCAACAAAUUAUUAUUAUGGACUUUUCUUCAAGCUUCGCUUUUUAUACCUCUGUGCCAGCGAUAGCCGUGGCCGGAGGCAUUAUGUUUUUCGGGUUGUCCGUCCAUAUGUCCAUCCCAUGCUUGUGAACACGAUAUCUCAAGAACACCUCAAGGAAAUAUCUUCAAAUUUGGCACAAAUGUCUGCUUGGACUCAGCAAUGAAAAAUGAAGCCAAUAUGGAAGUGCGAAAAACUGCAGUUCAUCAAAUGGCCACUUGAAGCUGGCUCCAAAACAGAGUAAAUCCCCAUAGACCCCUGCUUGUUAAAAUGCCCAACUUUACAGCAGAAAUAAACAUGUUUACAGCCUGGUCAAAAAAUGUUUUUGGUCUCUAUGGCUAAUUUCAACAUUCAUGACAACUGUAUGGGGAUGAGUUUUUUUUUUUUAAUAACUUACCUGUUAAUAUUUUAUUAAGGCCUCUUUGAGUGACAGUCUGUGAGGUGUCAUCACAGUCAGUGACUCAGAUCCACCCCUCACUUCUCCACAGCGCCAGCCUCUCCUCCAAAUAUGGUCACUUCUGGCUCCAAAAAACAAGAUGGCGAUGGCUGAAAUGCUGAACUCAAGGCUUCAAAAUGGCACUCCACAAACCAGUGGGUGACAUCCUGAUGGGGUAGCAUACUGUACAGUGGUGCAGUGGUUAGCAUUGUUGCUUCACAGCAAGAGGAUCCCAGGUUUAAAUCCACUGGCUGACUGGGGCCCCUUUCUGUGGAGUCUGCAUGUGUCUCCAUGUCAGUGUGGGUUUUCUCCAAGUUCUCCGGCUUCCUCCCACAAUCCAGAAACAUGCCUGUUAGGUUAAUUGGUGACUCUAAAUUGUCUGUGGGUGUGAAUGUUAGUGAAUGUGAGCUUGAGUGGUUGUCUGUCUCUAUGUGUCAACCCUGUGAUUGUCUGAUGACCUGUCCAGGAUGUACCCCGCCUCUCGCCCAAUGUCAGCCGGGAUAAGCUCCAGACCCCCCACAGCCCUGCACCAGCACAAGUGGUUACAGAAAAGGGGGGAAAAAGCAUGAUGUCAUGGGAGCUAUGUCCAUUAUACAGUCUAUGUGAAAACCUAUUUAAUUUAUUUAUUUAACCUUUUGUCUUGUCUUUGAUUACUUUGAUAUUCAUAUUGCUUUUAGGUGCAGGAGGAAAAUAUCAAGUGAGUAGGUGAGUCAGUUUAGGGUGCUUUCACACCUGCCUUGUUUGGUUCGGUUCAGUCUAACUCAAGUUUGUUUACCCCCUAUGUGCAGUUUGUUUGGGCCGGUGUGAACACAACAAUCACACUCGGGUGCGCACCAAAACAACCUGACCGAGAACUUGUUGAAGAGGUGGGCUGCAGUUGGAAAGUCCCUCCUAUUGUCUAUUCCUAAUCACUAUUCCUUGACCUCGGUGGGAAACGUCACGAGGUCAAGGAAAGAUGAGUAGGAGAAUUCAUAAGGACUUAGGAAAAGAGAACCGUAGAGCUGAGAGAAUCUGACCGCACUUACGCUGGGCUACGUCAUCAUGCGACGGCGGAUGUCAGUGACGUAGGUCGACCGUGAUGAAACUACAGUUUACCGAAGAUGGACUACAAAAAAUGCAUCUCAGAUACUCCGCCCCAUGCCUACUUACCAUGUUGCUUCAUGCAGGCUAUAUAAACGUGGACAGCACAGUGAAAAAUAUGAUUUAAUUACCAACGUCUGAAUUUAAUUAAAAAAGAUAGAUAGGCAGUCACAAAACUGAAACGCUGAAAAUGGUUGCUCACACUCACUCUCCUGAAUCACUGGGAUUAUUUAUGACAUGUUCAAGCGUAUGCAAGAGAGGCAAAUAUGGCUUACAAAUCUACUGCUGUACAUAUCAUUCUUACGAUGCAAACAUGUUGAAUUAAAAACAUCAU